AUGGAAAAUAAGAAAAGAACCCUGACAUUGUUGUCUUCUUUCCAAAUUGUGAUAUCCGUCAUGUUUUUCAUUCUGGGAUUGGUGGACGGACUUGAAAUCCGCUUUGUAAAUGUUAGCCUCGUGUUUUCGCCAUGUUGGAUUGUUCCUCUGGUAAGUGAAUUUUGUCUGUUUUCUAAUUUGUCAGGCACUUAAAUCUUUUUAAGACUAUAUUUUGUCGUGGAUAAAGAUAUUAUCGCUCCUAUGAUGGUACAAGUUAAAAGAAAACCUACGUCUGUGUUUUUCGUGAUCUGCUCAAACGAGAGAAAUUUGCGAAAACUAGUUCUCACUUUCACUGUUUAAAAUAUGGCAGUAAUAUGCUGUAAAAUAACUAAUCUUUUAAGUGCACCUUUAAAGUUCUAAGUUGCUAACUGCCAAUGCUCUCGAUGGAUAGUGUCGGCGCCAGCUGUCAAUAUCAUGCCCCUACCACCUACCCCCACCCCUCCCCACAUGGCGAAGAGUGUUUUUAGCAAGCAUAGUUAACUUAUUAUUUGAUGAAUCCUUACCCAUGUUUCCACGAGAUUCCACAAAAUGAAACAAGAAACGCCUGAGAAGUUUGAUCGCGGUGGUUAUCUCGCGUGACAAGAUAUCUUUAAUAUUUUUAUUGCGGUCUGCAAGUACUGGGUGUUUAGUCGAAUUAAGGACUUCAAAGGCGGACCGGCCAUUUUCAUUUUGUAAAGAAAUUUUAAUAUCCUGCUGAUUGUAGGAAUUUAUUAUAUGUUUACUGAAGAAGCUCCACACAUGGAAAACAAUGAUGGGGUUGCCGCCGUUGUUAUGUGGAUAUAAUUCCACACAACUUUGUUAGUACGUGAAGUAUUACACCACUGGCUUGUUUACGCAUUGCUUGGGUUAGUUAGAAUUUUGAUAUAUCGAACGUGGGCUAAUAUACACAUAUUAAGUUAUAAAUUUAAACGUAUAUCUUUGUAUGUAGGAUUUUUUUGUGUAUAUGUGUCAAAAGCUAGUGUCCCCAGUUGACAUUUUAGAUACAUCUUUUGAUUCUUCAGUGAAGCACAUGAAUGCAUAUAUAAUAUAUGUUUAUGUUUAAUUCUGUUUUUUGCAUUUACUGUUCAGACUCCUGCAAAUGGUAUCAUGGGACUUGUUUUAAGCAAAAGCCAAAACAGAUCCUCAAAUCUGGUAAGAUUUUCUCAAUCAUAAGCACUUGCAGACGUCAGAGAAACACUGUCGGAAGUUCAGAAAGCGAAGACUUUCUGAAAGCAUCGACUGUCCCUUCGCCUUUAGGCUCGGCGAACGUUGGGUGGGGACUACCUCAGGCGCAUCGAGACACUCACGACUGGAGACUGAGGCCACCUCCUCCCUUCCCCCCAACCCCCACACCACCCCCCACCGCCACCACCACCAUCACCAAAAAAAGGGAGGCAACCUUAAGUAUUGAUCGUCUUGCAGUUGAAGAAGAAGAACAUACUCAGCGGUAACUGGGGUCGCCUUUAAAAUAAUAACGAUAAACUUAAUAGGCUUGAGCGAAGCGAUACGGCUGUCUUCGCUUUCGAAAAAGCUGAACAGGACGAAACAAGGUGAAGGGGGCUUUUAUUUCUUUUGCCGAAUACGAGGUCCCUAUAGCUUGGGCUGAAUGCUACACGCCGAAUAUGUUUUAUCAGAAAGUUGUAUUCAAGUCCUCCAGACGGACGGACGGACGGACGGACGGACGGGUGACGUAUUACUAAAAGACACUGAAUAAUACCCUGACCACAUGCUCAAACAGUGUUUUUUGCUUGUUGCGAAACGGGAUGUCCUGAAAUGACGUCACAAUCACUCCUGCCGAUUCCUCUGUUUUCAGUUGCGUGGUUUUGUGCCCCACUGCAAGUGAAAUUUUGACGUUUUUGGUACGUCAAAACACGGAGAGAAAAGUCGAUGUCGAAUUUAUUAUUAUUAUUAUUUUUUGGUUUUAUCAAAACUCUGUAGAUUAAAUCAAGCAAUGAAAAAGAAAAUUUGCUAUACACACUUUAACUCAUAAGUUUUACUCUCUUUAGAUCCGUGCCAUUUGGUCAGUUAGCGUGGCAUGCAUUGUUUACUCCGCUAUUACAGCGCUGAGGUAUCAGUACUGGGGUAUCGAAUUACUGACGUUUGAUAAGAUCUUCUACAACUCGGACUACCCGUCCGGCAAAUGGUGGUUUUUAAAAAAAGAUGACAAGCUGAAGUACACUGAGCAGGAAAACAAGGCACUCGCUCUAUUUGGCAUCAUCAUUGUGUUGGGUAUCAUUGAAAUUAUCCUGGCUGCUGCCUUGGCCAGAAUCAGCGAUUCAAGCCACAAAGUGGCUCAG